UCUUUUCUGUCUCUUCUAUAGGCCGCUUUGUUUGUAUGGUUCCAUUGUAUGUGUGCGAUAUUUCAAAAUGAGUGACUCGAAGGCUAAGGCGGCAGCAGCAGCAAAAGGGGCUUCUACAGAGGAGACUGCCAAGCGUGGUAGAGGUCGUCCACGAAAGAAGCCACAGGAAGCCUCAAGCCAACCAGAAAAAUCAACCUCUCCUUCCCAAGCACAAACUAAUGCAAAAGAGCCAAGUGGUUCUCCCACCACAAAACGUGCACGCGGUCGCCCUAAAGGCAGUACAAAGAAGGGCCGCAAGGAAGCCUCAACUACUAAGAAACCUGAAGUUGUUGGGAAAACCAGUGGGAGAAACAAAGUUGCUAAGAAACAAGAAGAGGAGGAGGAUGAUGAUGAAGAGGGGGGCACAGCAGAGUCGUCUGAAGACCAGUGACCUCAAUUUCAAUGUUGUCUUUGUUCCUCCUAGAUGUUCUUUUGUAGCCCACAUUCAUAGUGAAAAAAUGCAUCUGUAUAUCAUGUCUUUGAAGGAAAAAACUUGCUUGACAGGACUGAACAACUUAUGCCUCCUGCUGCAUUACUCAGGUCAUUAAUAGUGCUGGCAGUUUUGCCAGACUGCUGUGCUAGUAUAUUUUUGAACUCAUGCCUUCUUUCUCUUCACUGCCAGCAUUGUACUUCAUAGAUGGUUGAUUGCAGAGACCUAAAAACUUACUUUCUCUGUACAUUGAAAGCCUAUUAAAAGCCUAUUCAAUGACCUUAACCAUGACACAUGUUCACUUGUAAGUUAACUUUUUGUGGCAAUUGCAGUUAAUGUGAGAUUUUUGCACCACUGAGGUCUGCAUUUCCAGAUUGCAUCCAAUUAGUUUCUUUGGGGACCACAAAACUCUUGGGGGAGGGAAGACCCAUUUUCACCAAAAAUAGACUUGAAAAAACUUGAGCAUAAAGAUGAACAAAUCAAUUUGUCAGUGAUUAGUUUAAGAGAAUUACCAAUGAUCAUUGCUGGCCUCAAUAUUUGGAGAGCGCCAUCUUGGCAAAAACCAUACUUUCAAGUCAUUGCACAUCCAUCCUGUCAUUUGAGAUGCAGCUCUUGGGGGGGGGGGGGGGGGAGAACAGAUGCCAGACCAGUGGCACCAAAAGUAGACUGCUUCUGGACCAUGUACAUUAUGCUUCCAGUCCCUGCUGUUUUGUGACUAAAAAUAUGUCCACUAACUUAAAAGCGGUAAAUGUCACAUUAUUGCAGCAUUGAAUUGCCACCGCUUUGAAUGCCAUUCACAUAAUGUCAGGGACUGAAAUCACAAAUAAAACCUUACUUGCCAUUGUUUGAUAUUGCUUGAAAGUUUUCGUUUAAUAAAAAAAGCUACCAUCCUUU